UUCAAACCUCACAGAAGGCAGUUAAAUUCCCAAUAGUUUCAACACAAAACGUUCAACAUGGAUGAUGACGUAGCCGCACUCGUAGUUGACAAUGGGUCUGGUAUGUGUAAAGCAGGUUUUGCCGGAGACGAUGCUCCACGAGCUGUUUUCCCCUCCAUUGUCGGAAGACCUAGACAUCAGGGUGUUAUGGUUGGUAUGGGACAGAAAGACAGCUAUGUAGGAGAUGAAGCUCAAUCUAAGAGAGGUAUCCUCACCUUAAAAUACCCAAUUGAACAUGGUAUUGUUACCAACUGGGAUGAUAUGGAGAAAAUCUGGCAUCACACUUUCUACAAUGAACUUCGAGUUGCCCCAGAAGAACAUCCCGUCCUCCUCACGGAGGCUCCACUCAAUCCUAAAGCCAACAGAGAAAAGAUGACCCAAAUUAUGUUUGAAACCUUCAAUUCACCAGCUAUGUAUGUAGCUAUUCAAGCUGUAUUGUCCCUAUAUGCCUCUGGUCGUACCACUGGUAUCGUACUUGAUUCUGGAGAUGGUGUGAGUCACACAGUACCAAUCUACGAAGGUUAUGCUCUUCCCCAUGCCAUCAUCCGUUUGGAUUUGGCUGGUCGAGAUUUGACCGACUACUUGAUGAAAAUUUUGACAGAAAGAGGUUACUCCUUCACCACAACAGCUGAAAGAGAAAUCGUCAGAGACAUCAAAGAAAAAUUAUGUUAUGUUGCUUUGGAUUUCGAACAGGAAAUGCAAACUGCUGCAUCUUCAUCAUCCUUAGAGAAAUCUUACGAAUUACCUGAUGGUCAAGUCAUCACUAUUGGUAACGAACGAUUCCGAUGUCCCGAAACUUUAUUUCAACCAUCAUUCAUUGGUAUGGAAUCUGCUGGUAUCCAUGAAACCACCUACAACUCCAUCAUGAAAUGUGAUGUUGAUAUCAGAAAAGACUUGUACGCCAACACUGUAUUAUCUGGAGGAACGACAAUGUUUCCAGGUAUUGCUGACAGAAUGCAGAAAGAAAUCACAGCCUUAGCCCCACCAACCAUGAAAAUUAAAAUCAUCGCUCCACCUGAGAGAAAAUACUCUGUAUGGAUUGGUGGUUCUAUCUUGGCUUCUCUCUCAACCUUCCAACAGAUGUGGAUCUCCAAACAGGAAUAUGAUGAAUCUGGCCCAGCAAUCGUACACAGAAAAUGCUUCUAAACAGAGAUGCAAACGUUUGAUUGCCCCAUUAAUUUAUUCUGUGAUUUUUAAAAUUCAUUUCUCACUCGAAUUUUGGAAAUGUGAAAAACUCCUAACCUUGUACCUCAUCCAUUGUUAAUGUUGAAUUAAAAAUGCUAAAUCAUCAUUUUGUAUUCGAAUAAAUUUAACUUGAAUUUGGCCAACGACCAUUUCUUCUAAGAGGGGUGACAUUGAAAUUUCUGGGACCAUGAGCACAAUAACAAAAAAUUGGGGUUUUGUGUCUACAUUGCGACUGCUCAUCCCAAAUGCAUCUUCAUUGCUGAUUGCAAAGAACUGAACCUAUGAAACGAAACAACCCGUUACAAACUCCCACAUCCCCUCUUUUACUGUAGAGAUGUGUACAGCACAAAAUGAAAAUAAUCUUGAACUGAUCGAAUAAAAACUGUCAGCGUAGGACAACUAUGCUGGUACCGGUCACUUUUUU